GGCAAUGUGGGGCAGUAUGGAGGGGUUGUACAGGCAGUGUGGGGCAGCUGGGGUGUGGGUUGGGGUUGAGGGCAAGCUGGUGCAUUCUAGAGGCAAGUCAUGGUGGUCCUGAGAUGGUUAGGGGUGGUUAGGGUAUGAGGAGGGACAUGGGGGCACUGUGAGGCACUUUGGUGGGGUCCUGGGGCUGCCUGGGAGCUGUUAGGUGCUCCAAGAGGCAACAUGGGGCUGCAUAGGGGCAGUCUAUGGGGCUACCUGGGGGCAGUCUAUGGCUUGGAGGCCGUCUGGAGGUGUUGGGUCAGUUUGGGAGGGGUGCUAGGAGCAACAUGGGGCAGCUUGGAAGCGGGUUGAGGGGCAGCCUGAGAGUCCUGGGGACAAACUGGGGGUGUCCUGGGGCAGUUUUGGCUUUGAAGAGGGGCUCACUCUGUGCCCCCCUACCCAGGCUGAGCGCGGUGCUGCGGCUCCCACUGCACCGCUUGUGCCCGCGCCCCCCGCACGCACUAGGCAGGUACUCACAGAUGGGAGGCAGUGGCUGGGGACAGACCACCGCGGUGCCCCAUCCCCUGGGCUGACCGGUCCCGUGUCACAGCCACCGAGCCAUGACGGCGUCCCUUGGACCGAAGCCGCUGGUGGCUGUGGGCCAGGUGACCUCCACCCCUGACAAGGAGCAGAACUUCAACAGCUGCUCGGCGCUGGUGCGGGCGGCAGCACAAAGGGGAGCCUGCAUUGUGUUCCUCCCUGAAGGCUUCGACUACAUCGGCCGCGACUCUGCACAAACACUCAGCCUGGCCGAGAGCCUGGACGGUGAGCUGAUGGCACGCUACUGCGCGCUGGCCAGGGACUGCGGUGUGUGGCUGUCCCUGGGUGGUUUCCAUGAGCGCAGGGCAGACUGGUCGAGCACGCAGCGCAUCUACAACUGCCACGUGCUGCUGGACCCCACAGGUGAGCCCCCCCCCAGCCCUGUCCCAUUGAGGAGCCCUGUGGUGCAUCCUUCUCUCUCAUUGCUCGCAGGGCGCAUGGCAGCAACCUACAGGAAGACCCACCUGUGUGAUGUGGAGCUGGAGGGCCGCGUCACCAUGAAGGAGAGCAGCUUCACCAACCCUGGCACCGAAAUCGUGCCCCCCGUCAGCACUCCAGCAGGGAUGCUCGGACUCUCCAUCUGCUAUGACCUGCGCUUCCCUGAAAUCUCGCUGGCACUGCGUCAUGCCGGUGCCGAGAUCCUCACCUACCCCUCAGCCUUCACCUUCCCCACAGGCUCUGCACAUUGGGAGGUGUUACUGCGGGCGCGUGCCAUCGAGACCCAGUGCUACGUGGUGGCAGCAGCGCAGACGGGUCAGAACCACGAGAGCCGGGUGUCCUAUGGCCACACGCUGGUGGCGGAUCCCUGGGGGACGGUGGUGGCACAGUGCAGUGAUGGACCGGGGCUGUGUUACGCUGAAAUCGACCUCGAGUACCUGCGCCGCGUGCGCCGCGAGAUCCCAGUGCACAGUCACCGCCGUGCUGAUCUCUAUGGGACUGUGGGGCUGCAGGCAGCACUCUCAGACCCAUAGCGGCCCAUAGCAGGGCUGUGGAUCCUCUGUCUCCCAGAACACAGCUGUGAACUCACACUUGGGGCUUUAUGGUUGUUCCUGGUGCUCAGGGUGUCGUUGAAGGAAAGGAGGGAGCCGUGCACUGCUGUAGAUGUUUAUUUCAAGAAAACCGAAAGCUACACAGGGAAUAUGACCGUUAUAUUGAAGUUUUAAAAAAUACAGAAGUCACAGAAAUUA